CUUGCCAUCGGGUCAUUGAUGUUUAUAUAGUAAUCAUAGCAUGACACAAGAAGAAGAAAGAAGCCAACGAUUGAAUGCAUUCAUCUGUGGGUAAAUUAUUACUGUUCGAUUGACCAAUCACAGACCAGGAAGCGAUUGUAAUUGUGCCAUGCAUAAAUACUUUUCCUCAAGCGGCAUAUUUGGACUAUAACGCAAGGACGCUUCUUUACAAUCAUGGUUUUCUUCUAUGGUCUGUUAACAUGUUAUCCCUGUGAAUUUUAAACGCUCUUUUAAAUCGCUAUUAGCGAAUUCACCAACAAGGCUCGUUUGUAAGUAAUCUGAUCGCACUAAGCGCCAUCGAUCAAGAGGUUCGCUUCAAUCAAGCGAGCAAGCUAACCCGACCUCGUAACGCCUUGUUCCACUCGAUUUAGAAACAGCUGAGUUUGUUAUGGCUCGAGAAGGCGAUAUAUUUGAUGAGUUUGAAUAUGGUAUCGGUAAAGUUGGAUUCUUCCUGCAAGACAUCUUACGGAAAGAACAACUGACCAACGAGGCAGAAAAACAACGUCAAGAGUGCAUCUGGCAGCUUCAGAACAUGUCUAAUACACUGCACAUGUUUAAGAACUACCCUACAUACGAGAAUACACUCAAUGCAGGGUUAUCACAGUCUAGUCAGGCUUUGAAUGAUGGGCAGGAUGAAUUCGGUGUAACUGACAUCCCCCGUAGUGGUUCUCUGCCUGAUAUACCGAACAAUGCUGAUAACCGACCAAAAAAGACUAAAGGCGUUCAGCAGGACAGCGAUUUCAUCCUUAGCGACAUGCGCGAGCUGGUAAUCUAUGAUCCAAUCGAGGAGGAAGACGAAGAAGAGGAAGAGGAGGAUGAGGAUGAGCUCGACCCCCUUCAACUCUCCACAAGCUCGAGGUCUUCAAUGAAAAGAAGUCGUAAACGGGAUAGCGCUGUGUUGUUCGAUAUUUCACUGGGUGACCUCGAAGACUUUGAUCUUGCUGGAUUCCUGACCGAAAAGCAUAGUGRGAAGGAUUGGUACUGCGUCCUAAUGGAUCAGCAUCUUUGUCUUUUCCCUUCCCAGGAUGCAAAUGAGCUUGCUUAUGAUGUCGUCAUMUUGCCAUGUUGUCAGAUCUCCCUUGACGACAGGCUCAUGCGAACCCCUGUAUUUCGACUGACUCAACCUGGCAUGGCACCAUGGGUAUUGGUUGCUAAGGAUAAUGAAGAGCUCAAGGAGUGGAUAAGUGCCUUAACGACAGCUGCAUCAGGUGGUAAAUACAGCCUGACGUCAUCUAGUAGUAAUACUGCGAAGUCAGUGCGAGUUGGAGCCAGCGGUAUGCAUGCGAUCACUGAGRAAGAACCAGCUGAGGAGAUGCAGGAAGAAACUAACCAUGAAUCCACUAAAAUUGUAAUUACUGAAGAKAUAACAAAAAAUGAGGAACCCAUAAGUUUGGAAACGGAAUAUAUCGCAGAGAAUAGUGCCAGUCCACCACUUGAAACUCUCCCAGAAACCCCCACAAGUCCAGAAGUAUUUGGAGAAGAGAUUUACGAAGCUGUCGAGCAGAAUGACGACUUCGAGGAUGAUGGAUUUGCAACAGAUGAGUUCGACAGUGGUUCGUCGGAAAAUGAAGAUUCGACUGGAACCAGCCCCAAAGGCUCACCCAAGCUACGCACGAAGCCGAAGAAGAAACCCAACCAGUUACUGAAAUGGCUGAAGAAGAAGACGCGCACAAAAGAUCGUUUGUUUUCCAGUCCUAGCGAUGGUGUGGCUUUAGCUGGCUACGUCCAUCGGCUUAUUAACAACGAGUUUUCUAAGAGAUGGUGUGUGGUACGAGAAGGAAAGAUCUACUGCUACAAGAACAUCAAACACGAAGACACUGAGCUAACUCUGGAGUUGGAAGGAACUGAAAUCCGAGCAAAAGAAGAACCAAAAAAUCGUUAUAUCAUCCGCGUCUUGAAGGAUAACGAACGACUUCUUACAUUACUCACCAAGAACACGAAAGAUAUGGAUAAAUGGAAGACAGCGCUGCGAAUAGAAUCAGGUUUUAUCAAGCUUACUUCGCCGGUUGAUUCUAGUUCUGGUGUGUUUGAUGACCCAGAGGGUGACUACAUUACACCGAUUACCCCGGUUGGUUUACAGAAGGACCCCAAAAGUCCGACCUUAGCUAGAAAAGUUAUUGAAUCUACUAGUGACUCUGWGUCCAAUUGUGAUGACGAGGAUGCCUAUCUUGAAAUAAAACAAGGAAACAGUGAACAGGAAUCACUUGGUCCUCUUCCUAGUAUUCCAAAAUCCCCCGAGUCCGAGUCCCUUGGUCCUCUUCCCAGCAUUCCAAGUGGAAAGAAAUCUCCAGAUCCCGAUUCUCUUGGUCCACUUCCUCCACUUCCUGUUGAUGCCAAGCCUCCCGCACUACCACCCCCAAGAAAAUCUCCUGUACCUCAAAYAUUCACAGAGGAGAAACAUGAAGAGAACGACGAAGAGUUGGAGGACAUUUAUGAGGAAGUGAAGAUCAUACCAUUGCCWGAUGCAGACAAGCUUUCGCACUGGCACAAAAUGAGUCUUGAAGAACGAAGGGAAUACGAGGAGGAAAACAGAGAUGUCCCAUCGUCAGAUGUUCUUAUUGUCAGCGACAAGAAAUCUCAAUUUAGACCGCCUCCUCUUGUCCGUAAAGUCUCUUUCGAUGAAAAAGUCGAGGUCAUUAAUACUCAUCUUCCUAAGUCAAUGCAACCAGAGGCAGUUGUACCCAACGGAGAUCCAACAGAAAUUCCACAGGGUUCCCAAUCAACCACCAAACACCAAGCAGAAGUGAGUCCAAUGCAGCAACCAACUGCAAGGGAGAUGAGAAGUCUUCCACGUAAAACACUUAAAGAGAAUUGGAUCAAGUCUUCGAAUGCAGAGGAUAAUGAGACGCCGAGAAGUAAAGUGUUAGGAAGUGACAAAAAGAUAGAGCAAGAUAAAGAAAGAGAGAUGCUGCAGAAAGCAGAGGAAGAGUUCCUUAAUUUGGCCAAACAACCUAAAGAGAAAGCAUGUACAACGGUUCGUCGUCCAUCCAUUGUCGAGAGGAACAGACUUGCUUUUGAGAACAGAAAGAGAGCAGAAGCACUGGCUCAGUCGAAAGUCAAACCUCGAAGUCAGACUCUAAACAAAGAAAAAGCGGAUUUGCUGGCGAUGAUUGAGUUUCAGAAGAAACGAGUCGCURUUGCAAAAGAUCGAAAAAUAUUUUUCUCUUUUUCCAACACGACGACCAACACKGCAGUGGCUGAYGCAGAAAUGGAAUUUCAUGAAUCUCAACUUGGUUUGGCUAAAGCCAAGAAACGAAUAGCAGAAAUAGACAAUGAACUYAAAAACAUUGAAUUACUAGAAUUUAAGAAUAAGAAAACAGAUGAGAAUAAGCAGAAAGAACCAGUAAAACCGAAAGAUUUUAGGCUGAUCACGGAUGACAGUGACAGUGCAGAGCAGGUUAAAGCAACUGAUGACAAGGAUGGAAAUAAAAAUACAGUUAGAAACCUAAAGAAAGGAAAUGUUUUAUCAAAACUGAAGGUAUUCGAGAAUAUGAGCAAUAAAUAAAGGACAAUGGCGGAAUCCUGGAUAUACCGAGUUAUCUGUAUAAAAGGAUUUGCCUUGCAUGCCUCAGUACAGACUCCCGGAGUGUGCUAUGUCAGAAAAAGCGUCGAAGUGCGAACGGCCAUAACUCCAGCACAAUGUCACAUCUACAAAAUGUUUACUAGUUUUAUUUCUUCCACGACAUGGACUACGAUACAGAUAGCCCAAUUCUACAAAGUUCUCUUUUACUUGAUCCCACUCAAGAUGAUCGAAAUGAGAGGGAAAACARAAUGAGAUGAUUUUACAUUUUAUUUACACAUGAAAUACCUUUAAGAAARCWUKUUGUAGAAAAAAAUGGCAGUUACCCAGGCKUCAUUGCGGCACGUUUUAAAUUUGCAGUAGAGAUGUAUUCWAUGAUUAAUGAAUUAGAUAAGUAAUCAACAGUAUAUUAGUAGYAUAUAUUCACAUUGAAUUGAUGACCAUUGAUUUAAGAAGUCACUUAUUGAAUAAUCAAGUAAGGUUAGCUGAAACGCACUCACUGACGUCACGAUACCAUAUAAGGUAACACUCUAUGACGUGUGGAUCAUUUCCCACAUCGAUGACAUUUUUAUUGAAAUAUAAUUUAAAUGUUUCUUGUAGAAAGCGUAAUAUGAUUUAAUCUGAAAGUCCAAAUGUAAUUCUUUUAUUUCUUAUGUGUCAAAUAUAUUGRCGAGUAACGAUUUUUAACACUGUUUAGACUGAAUAUCAACGCUUAACGCGAAUAUCCGACGUUUUGAAGUCCUCUAAAAGGCAUCCUCAAGGAUGGUAUUGAAAUUUGUGCUUUUUGUCUUAAGCURAAGACUAGUAUAAAAGUAUUUAAAAUCUACUAAGGUCGCAUAUUUCAAUUAUUUACUUCCAAAGGUCGGAUAUUGAAAGAUGUACUUAUGUUCCACUAUUGUAAUAUAGUAAGAAAAAUACCGAGAGGAUUUUCUUGGUUGUGCGCAUGAUCAGUAGCCUCAUUAGACGGAUACAACAGUUUUAAAUAGGURGUAGGUUUAUUGUCAAAAAUCGUUUUUACAUAGUUUCAUAACAAGAGCUCAAUAAUCUGAGCAUAGUCGUGAAAAAUUCAAUAACAUUUUCUAUUGCAAUAAAUAUAACAUAUAUAGUA